CUCCCUUCCCUAAAACCUUGUUACGCCCCUUCCACUUUCACUUAAUUUGUUAAAAACUCAUUUUUUAAAUUAAUUAGAAAUACAGCUUUGUGCAUAUCUAGCUAUGCCAGCGUCACACAGUGGCAGGUAGUAUAACAGAUUAUUUUCCGUGAGAUGCCAUAAGGUACGACACACACAAAAAAAGAGGUUGUUUUGGGGCAGACGCCAUGCACACUAGUUCGUCCCUGCCCGCGUACCGUCGUUAGUCCACAGUAAAUCAAACAUGGCGACGACCGAAGCUCAACCUCGGUUUGGUCAAUCCGUGAAAGGCUUAUUAUCCGAUAAAGUUGGCUCUUGCAGCGUGGACGUGAUCGCCUUGACGCGCCAGGUGCUUAAAGUUUCUCGCAGCCAAGAGCUUUUAGGUCAAGCAGCCAGAAACAUGGUCAUUCAGGAGGAUGCUAUCCUACACUCCGAGGACAGUCUAAGAAAAAUGUCCAUUAUAACUACACAUUUACAAUAUCAGCAAGAGGCUAUCCAGAAGAAUGUGGAGCAUUCUAAAAACCUACAGGAUCAGCUGAUGCAUCUGCUCAAGUGACAGAAGACAAGUGUGUUAAGUUAUUCUUCAUUAGAUAAGACCUGCCACAACAUUGUGACUACCUGCGGAAUAUGGAUCAUUUUCAUAUAAUUUGAUCAAUAAAAAUAAAGACAUGGCCCACUGAAUUUCCUUUUGAAAAUCAAUUAAUUUUACUGGUAUGAGUAUUUGAAGUAAUAUUGGCAGUUGGUAUCCGUUAAAUGGUCAUAAUUGUUUCUAAGAGGAAGAAAAAUGAUUCUAAAGUAAUAUUGUUCAACUUCUAAAUGCCAAAAUGCCUUUACAGUUUGGUGUCCAAAAUGAGGUUUCAUGAUUUGCAACAAGUUUUCUGAAGAUGCUAAUUACAUUUUUGGAUUGAUAUGCAGUACAUUAUUAACGAACACAAAUGCAUCUUCAGUCUUCAGAGUUCCCUCAUGGGUUCUUUUACAAGUGGUACUUCUUUGUCACUCAAGCUGUCUAAUGCCACUGGAGAAAGCCUCAUUAUGUUUUUGCAAUACACCAGAGAGCUCUGUGAGCUCAAGUCCCAGGAUGACGCAGCCAUUUUGCAUUCACACAGUAGCAGACAGCAAAAUAAAUUAUUUCUGAGAUAUUAAUGAAUAUGUAUAAAUUUGUGAAAGUAUCGGAACUAUUGCAUGUCUCUACCAUUGUUACGAUUGUGUAAAGACAAGAUUGUAAUGAGUUUAAUGAGUAGUUGGGAUCAUUUAUGAACUUCUGCAGAGUUUGAAGGGCAACAUGUAAAUUUUGCCACUCACAAUUUUUAUGAAGCUGUUUUAUGUCUGGCGGCCCAGUGGAUGACUGGUUAGCACGUCUGCCUCACAGUUCUGAGGACCUGGGUUCAAAUCUGGCCUUGCCUCUGUGGAGUUUGAAUGUUCUCCCUGUGCCUACUGGGGUUUUCUCUGGGCAUUCCGGUUUCCUCCCACAUCCCAAAAUCAUGUAUGGUAGGUGAAUUGAAGACUCUAAAUUGCCUGCAGGUGUGAUUGUGAGUGUGAAUGGUUGUUUGUUUCUAUGUGCCCUGCGAUUGGCUGGCGACCAGUUCAGGGUCUUUCGCCCGGAGUCAUCUGGGAUAGGCUCCAGCACGCCCACGACCCUAGUGUGGAUAAGCGGUAGGGACGAUGAAUGAAUUAAUGAAUGAUGUCUUCACUAUUAUGUACUUUUGUCUUUGCGUGAUAAAAAGAAGUCUUUGACUGGGCCCCCACUAUUUGCUCUGUCAAUAAGGGAUUGUCUUUACUGUGAAUACCUAAAAAUUAAAAGGUCCCAUAUUUUGCCUAUUCAGAUCUCCAUGGCUGGCGACCAGUUCAGGGUGGACCCCGCCUCUCGCCCAGAGUCAGAUGGGAUAGGCUUCAGCACACCCGCGACCCGAGUGUGGAUAAGCGGUACGGAAGAUGAAUGAAUGUUUUAUGUCUCUACCAUUCUGCACUUUUGUUUUUACCGUGAUGAAAAGAAGUGUAUUUGAAUUGGGCCCCCACUAUUUGCUCUGUCAAUAAGGAUUGUCUUUACUGUGAAUGCCUAAAAUUAAAACGUCCAUGGACUGAGUAUAAAAAGUGUCAAUUUCAUUUCGGAAAACACCACGGUAUGAGUCAGUGUGUCCAGAAAAGGUCACUCUGACAGCUACUUCUGUUUGACCCAGUUUUGUAUCCACUUUGUCCAUAUUUGGCUAAGACCGCCCCCUUUCCGCAGAUUGGUUGCCUCCGUGUAGAAGACACACUUGUGACAGCACGUGUUUGUUAUGCGGACAGCACUGGCUCGGCAGCGGAGAGCUAGGCAGAGAUCUUCACUAGUGAGAUAAGCUCGAGAAAUUCGACUGACCUGAUUUCAGGCCUCUUGGCAGGAAAACGACUGGAAUUUAGGAAUGGGUCGACGAUUUUAAUUCAUAUUUCACAUGUUUAGUGAGGCACCAUAGAGCCAAUAUAACUACCAAAUACUAGAAAAAGUUGGUUUGUUAAAAUACGGGACCUUUAAAUCAUCAAUAACUUUUUGAAAAUAGAAUUUUAGCCAUGGCUGUUUCACCAUGGGAGAUAUUUACCCAUAUAAAACCAAGGCAGCAUAAAAAACUGCUAAAUUAAAAUAUAAUUUCUGUUAUUGAUCAAAUUAUAUGAAAAUGGCCCAUAUAUAUUCCAUGCAAUAGUUGUAUCUAUUGUUUUUCCUGUACAAAGAUGGUAAUGUUAAGUUUUGAUGGACAUGAACUGCUGUUAGCAAUAUGUUUGUUAUUGUGGUUGUGUAAUAUUUCUGACUCGUAAUAAUUGAGGUAAGUGAAAUAAUAGAUACAGUUCUCUUUAUAAUGCUGUAUAGCUUGUCUCCACUGCCUCGGGAUUAGUUAGGCAUUCUGAGAGAAUUGUUUGCAAGAUUUUCUUUUUCUUUGUUUUGAUCAAUUGUAUCCAUUGGCUUCUGAUACGUGGAUGACAAUAAACGGACAGAUUUAUUCUUCUCA